AUGAGUGCUGCAAAUCUAGAGAAUGACAUUACGGUAGCGUCUGACAAAGUCAGAAGAGAGAAAUAUUCUCAUGACGAAAAUACAAAUUUGCAAGCAAGUUCUGAAAAUGGUACCACAUGGGGUAUUGAUGAUUUGCUCGAUAGACACCGCAAAUUAUUUGGUAUUCUCAUUCCAUUCGUCUUUUUCCAGACAAUUUACUGGUUAAUGGCUUUUCGUUACCAUUUUUAUCAUUAUUUUGGCGAAAAAUAUGUUAUGUCCAUAGUAAUGAUUUUUGGGGCUUUAAUUGGAGGAAUGACUACAGAAGGCGGCGGAGCAGUGGCAUUUCCAGUAAUGACUUUGGCACUUAACAUCAAUCCCACAGUUGCCCGGGAUUUUUCAUUAAUGAUACAAUCUUGCGGUUUGAGCGCGGCUUCGUUUACAAUAUUUUUUACGAGAAUACUUAUUGAGUGGCAUUCGAUAGUUUUUUCAACAGCGGGUGCCAUAUUCGGAAUCAUUUUCGGGCUUGAGAUUAUUGACCCGCUGAUGACAUCGGAUCAAAAGAAAAUGAUAUUUGUGUCUAUAUUUUUUGCCUUUGCAAUGGCACUGUGUAUACUGAAUUUCGAAAAAAAGCGUAAAACUUUCAAUAAAAUUACUACGUUCACGAAAGCGAAAGCGUUGAUUUUGAUGAUCAACGGAUUUAUGGGAGGGAUAUUUACUGGCUUUGCUGGUUCUGGCGUUGAUAUCUGCUCCUUUUCCAUGCUAACUCUACUUUUUCGCAUCAACGAGAAAGUGGCGACGCCAACAUCGGAUUCUUGGGAGUAUUUUGCAGUCUGUUUGCCUGUUGUUGUAAUAUUUGCCCCAAUUGGAAGCUUUAUUGCCUCAUAUCUUCAUCGACUUACACUUGCAACACUUAUUUAUGUCUUAGAAACAAUAGCUUUGGUGCGUAAAUGA